CUGGUGACCACGUCAGCCCAGCAGCGAGGCCAGCAGCAGGACAAUUACGAGUCGGCAGAGUUUCCCUUCAUCACACUGCGCACCUUUCCGUCGGGCUUCAUCACGCAUAUCGGCGGCACGGUGAGCGCUCGCUCUGUGAAGCUUCUCGACCGUAUCCACCACCCGGAGGAGAGUGAGACGCGAGACGCCUGGUGGGCUGAGGUACGGACGGAGGUCCGCUCGCACUGCAAGUCAUUAGCCUGCAACGUCGUGCUCGGAUAUGAAGAGGCGACAACUAUUUGGGAUGACGUAUGCGUGCUGAGCGCCUACGGCACGGCAGCCACGGUCAACUUUGCCGCGCUGGGUCUGUCGGAGCCGCUGGCGGCCGCUCGCUGUGACUCCCGGGAGGUGCGGUCGGCACUGCGGCUGGACGCCAGUCUGACCAGUCAGGCGCUGGUGAUUCUGGAGGAGCCCGACUCGUCGGUUUCCAACUGUGCUCCGUGUCACCUGCCCUACAGCCAGGGCAGCGCGCCCGCAUCGGCGCUCCAGUUCAACUGCGCCGUCUGUAGAAAGAGCAAGGUGCCUGACGUGGUGUUCAGCACCAUCGAACCCCCCGGGGGUCUUCCAGUCACCGGCCGUGGCUGUCUCGUUCAGGCCCGCGUGUGUCGAGAAAAAGCCGACGUCAAGUCUGAAGUUCUGGCCAAGGAGGUCUCCGACCGACUGCCGUUCCUCGAGUACGAACUGCACCGGCAGCUGCUCACCAAACUCAGGAUUCUCGGCAUGAAUGCGCUAUUUGACCUGACGAUUCAGCUGUCGAUUGGUGAGGAGAUUAUGGUGGCUGUGGCCACAGCGACUGCCGUCUACCUGUCUGCCCUGCCGCCGCCCGUGGUGCCUCGUGUCACAUCAGCCGUUAAUGACAGCGCCGACCGUCUCGCCGAGACGCAGCGUCGAAUCACCGAGACUGUGGCCAGUAACCGGGAGGCGUUCAACAUCUCCGACCAGGAUGAGAGUGGGAGGACGUCGGACGAGGAAUCCGAGGAUGAGGAGGAUAAGCCCGAGCUGGACCUGGCUGCCGGAAACAAGGACGCCUGUAUACUGGAGAUGGACGACACAGAGGACGCCGACCUGCUCUCUAUGCUGAUGAGCCGGCCACCACCGGAGCUCUUUGACUUAGUCUCGACAAGCAGUGUGCCCGGGGUGCCGGAGCGGCUGCUGCUGGAUGACAGGCAGCUGUUCACGCGGAUAGUGCGGACCAAGCUGAGCAGCGCCUCCAAUCGGCAGCUGGCGCAGACUGUGGAGAAAAUCAUACAGGGCCUGUACUUCAAACUACGUAAGCUGGCGCCUUGCGCACUGUGCGGUCUUCGGUUCAGCGUCGAUCUGCCCGAGGACGACGAAAUCCAGAUAUCCGUGUAUGGUGCGGCGCUAAGCGUCAGCGCCCCUCUCAGCAAACAGGCGUCUCUGCGCUCGGCCGGCGCGGAGAACGGUUCAGCCGACGGCACAGGGGAGGGCCCGGGUGGAGACAGGUCGGCCGGUCGGGCCGGCAGUGUUACCGGCGCGCUCAAAGCUCAGAACUCACUGUGGCGCGGCGACUAUGACGUCAUUAUUACGCCACUGCCGCACGUCACCGGCGGAAAGGUGGAGCGCUGGCUGGGUAACCUCAACUUCUUCUUCAUUCGAGAGUGCACCGGACUCAGAGAGGUGGGAGGUCUGAACGGCUUCAUGCAGGACCUGGUCACCGAGGUGCUGGCUGUGGUGCGCGCACACGUCACUUCGCUUGGAGGGAACGCACUCGUCUCCUACUUCAUGUCGCAGUGUGUUCUGCUGCCCAACCCGCACAAAAACCAGGCGCAGUGCCUUGUCAAUGUCGGCGGCGACGCAGUGCUGGUCGGCCACGCCGCUCGCUCCGACGACGGAUGAGCACGGGUGCCACCAGCAGCGGUGGAGGCUCGCAAUAUCACAGCUCGGGAAGUGGGACAGUUUGAGCGCCCGUUCGGUCACGGGAAGACAUUUCUGACCACAGGACUGCGUGAGUCAGGCCAGCGAAGUUUGUUUCUAAGAUAGAUUAGCGGCCAGUGGAGCUUCGUGAUGGCUUAGUGACCGCGGAAGCAUCCAUCGCUCACUCGUUAAGUGCCCCGUUUAUUCCGCUGUUCUCGCCUUUGAUAGUCUACCAUCGAAAGCAUUUGCGAUUGCGAGUGAUUAUAGAACGGUUUAAUGUUCUGCCUUCAAUAUGUUAUGGGUCCCUUGCAGUAACGGAGUGUCAUGUUGAGCUCAAUUUCGGGUAUGGUGUAGUCAGCGAAUUUGUCUCAGAGUAGAUUGGUCAGUGACCUUCGGGCCAGGGUGGCUCGUGUUGCCAUGACUGUUGGCUGUUAGACUGAGAUGUGGGCCUUCUUUGACGCAUGUAGGACGUCGGACCAGAAGAGUCCGAUGGUUAACGUAAGUUAAUGUUGAAAAGACUAGCACCAGUAUAUGCAAUUAAAGACAUCGAGCGCCGACCGUCGCAACGCCAGUUUGGUACGGUGCCGCAUAUCGUAAUGUACGGCACUGUAUGACACGAUAUAGUAAUACACCGUGCAGCAUAGUACGAUAUGCUACGAUACGGUACGGUGGGUAUACUAUUGGGCCUGUAUGGUGCGUUGGAACACUAAAUGGUGCGGCCGGCCCGGCCUAUCUGCCUGUUGUCGCCUUGUCCUGACGACCAGUCACUAUUGCGUGACGACGGCCGUGCCGCGAAAGUGCAAUAUAUUACCUUCGCUA